AUGGCGACAAACGGCAACGUCACCCAUACCGACCAAUUCUCGGGAGGUCCUACUGCCACAGCUUCCGGAGGCGUUGUUCCUUCUGCCGACCAAACAAGUACCACCAGCUCCAACAAUAAUCUUGGAAAGGACGAAGUCGCCUGGUUUUUCGUCGAGCAGUACUACACCACCCUCAGCAAAAAUCCGGAGAAGCUUCACCUAUUCUAUUCAAAGCGCUCUCAGUUCGUCUACGGUCUAGAGGCUGAGAUUGCCAACGUGUCUGUCGGUAGACCGAACAUCCAGGAGCGCAUCAAGCAGCUAGACUUCCAAGACUGCAAGGUCCGUGUCUCCAACGUCGACUCCCAGACCUCGUACGACAAUAUCGUCAUUCAGGUAAUUGGUGAGACUUCCAACAAAGCCGGCGACCCCAAGAAGUUCGUUCAGACUUUCGUCCUUGCCCAGCAGCCGUCAGGGUAUUUUGUUCUGAACGAUAUUCUUCGAUACAUAAACGAGGAAGGUGACGAGGAGCCGGCUGAAACCACUCAGGAGGAGCAAGUAGAACCUGAGACCCAGGCUGCCCCGGCAACCAAGGAGGAGCCAGAAGCACAGCCCGCAGCCCCUACCGAGGAGCCUGCGUCAUUCGAUGCGGGCGUUGUCGACAAGAAAUUAGAGGAUGUGAGCGCGACUCCCGAAGACAGCACUCCGACCAAUGGUGACGUAGCAGCCGAGACGGCCGCCAGUGAACCGCCAGCGGCCCCAGAACCCGCCAAGGAGCCGGAAGCUAAGGUUGCACCUGAUCCCGAAGAGACGACCCAAGAGAUCGUGGAAGAAGACAUUAAGGAGCCAGAAAAGCCAGCCGACCCAAGCCCGACCCCUACUCAAGCACGCCAACCCCCCGCAAACACUACAGCAGUGCCUGCAGCUCCUGUUCCGGCUCAACCACCCAAGCCCAUGACUUGGGCCAGCCGGGUAGCUGCCGGUGCGGGUCCCCGACCUGUAGUGCCUCUUCCGACGAAGCCGGCAACUCCUGCAGCCCCUGCAGCCCCUACAGCCCCUGCAGCAGCGCCGCAAUCGCGCCCGGCCGCACCCACCCAGUCAGCAACAGCCCAAGCACCCGCUCCGUCCCAAAGCUCCGAGACCGCAACCCCCGCUACGCCUGCCAAAGAGACGUCUACAGAGUGGCAGACGGCUGGCGGCGACUCAAAGCGACAGAACAGACCCCAGUCGGUUUCCGGACCCCAGACCGACAAGGAUGGCACCAUGGGAUAUGUCAAGUAUGUCACGGAGAAGGUAAACAAGGACGAAUUAAGGGCAUCGUUAGCACAGCAUGGCGAAUUGGUCUACUUUGACAUCAAUCGCCAGAAGAACUGUGCCUUUGUCGAAUUCGCCACACACGCAGGGUACCAAGCUGCUGUAGCUGCGAACCCUCAUGUGAUUGAUGGAGAGAGCAUCGUUGUGGAGCCCCGCCGCCCCAAAGCAAGCGCUUAUGGUGGCAGCAACUACAAUUCGGGGCGGGGAAAUUUACAGAAUCGCCCGGGAGGACGCGGAGGAUUCGAAGGGCGGUCUAGCAGUCAGGGUGGACGAGGUAACUUUGGAGGACAGGGCCGUGGUAGAGGUGGCGGCGGUGCGCCUAGAGGCCGAGGUGCCUCUCAAGCUACGAAUGCAUGA